AUGGGAUAUAACGCUCCACUACCAAAAAGCGCUGGAUAUGCUGUUGUUGUUGGCUUAGGUUUUCUCUUCGCGUUAGGCAUGGUUUCAAUUACAGGCAUCCUUCGAAGGUACAGAAAAGAAAUUUUAACAAGCGAAGAAUUCUCGACAGCAGGAAGAUCAAUUAAGGUCGGUUUAAUUUCUGCUAGUAUUGUUUCAAGUUGGACCUGGGCUGCAACGUUGCUAACUUCAACCACACAGACAUAUUCCAACGGCAUUAGCGGAGGUUUCUUUUAUGCUGCUGGUGCAACAUGUCAAAUUAUAUUGUUUGCAUGCUUGGCCAUCAAAGCAAAGGAGAAGGCACCCAAUGCACAUACAUAUCUUGAGAUAAUCAAAACUCGAUAUGGAAAAACGUGCCAUAUAGUUUAUAUUUUUUUCGGCCUAGCUACAAAUAUCCUCGUGACUGCCAUGUUGUUAUGUGGUACUUCAGCAACAAUUCAGGAUAUGUGUGGGGACAUUAGAAUAGAAGCAGUCAUCCUUUUAUUGCCUUUACCAAUUGUUGUUUACACAAUUUUAGGUGGCUUGAAAGCAACAUUCUUGACUGACUAUGUCCAUACCAUAAUUUUGAUAGCCAUAAUAAUGGUCUUCUCCUUCACCGCAUUUGCAAAGUCAAGUUUGUCUGGAAUUGGUUCCGCUGGAGCUCUUUGGGAAGUAAUAACUGAAUUGGGAAGGACAAACCACAUUGAGGGCAAUGCUGACGGAUCAUACUUGACCUUACACUCCAAAGGUGGAGGAAUUUUUUUUGUAAUCAACAUAGUCGGAGGAUUUGGAACUGUCUUUCUUGAUAAUGGGUACUUUAACAAAGCUUUUGCUUCAUCACCGUCAGCAGCUUUACCAGGAUAUGUUUUGGGAGGGUUAGCUUGGUUUGCAAUUCCAGUGUUAACAGCAACUACCAUGGGAUUAUCAGCUUUGGCUCUAGAGAACACACCUGCUUGGCCGACUUAUCCCGAGAAACUCACGCCCGAGCAGGUUUCGGCAGGGCUAGUACUCCCUAACGCUGCAACAGCACUCUUGGGAAAAGGUGGUGCUACGGCGGCGCUAAUCAUGGUAUUUAUGGCGUGUACAUCAGCAAUGUCAGCAGAGCUCAUUGCAGUAUCCACAGUAUUUUCUUAUGAUAUUUUCAGGACUUAUAUUAAUCCCAGAGCUAGUGGUAGAAGGAUCAUGUUCGUGUCUCAUUGCACAGUUUUGGCAUUCGCUUACAUUAUGGCAGGUUUUGCAAUUGGAUUAUACCAUGCAGGUAUAUCUAUGGGGUAUUUAUACGAGCUCAUGGGAAUUGUUAUUGGAGGGGGUGUAUUUCCAUCUGCUUUAACUCUUCUCUCUAAACAACAAAAUAAUGCUGCUGCUAUUGGUGCCCCUUUACUUUCUCUAGGCCUCGCAGUCAUGUCAUGGUUAUUAGUUGCUAAAUUCAAAUUUGGAUCCAUCAAUAUGCAAACAACAUUUGAGGACGAUGCUAUGUUGACCGGUAAUGUUGUUGCACUAUUAUCACCCCUAGUAUUCGUGCCCUUGUUAACUACUAUUUUUAGACCACAAAAUUUUGAUUUUUCAAACUUGAAAAGAAUCUCAAGGGUUGAUGAGGAAGAAGAGAUCUUGCAGGCUGUAGCAUCUCAAGCUGACGUGGAAGAACUUGGAGACAAGCCCUAUCGUAUUAGAUCUAAAGUGUCGCAAAUUGCGGAAGAGAUUAUAGAAGAAAGCCUGACAGACAACAAUGAGGAGCUGGCCCUAUUAACACACUCUUUCAAAAAGUCAGCUAUUAUUUGCACCGUGCUAACCUUGAGUAUUGUGAUAUUAUGGCCCAUGCCCUUGUAUGGUUCCAAAUAUGUCUUCUCUAAGAAGUUUUUCACAGGAUGGAUUACCGUGUUAUUCAUAUGGAUCUUUUAUACAGCUAUAGUUGUUAUCUUAUAUCCACUUUGGGAAAGUAGGAAAUCGAUUAUAAUUUCGAUUAAGGGAAUCUAUUGGGAUCUUAAAGGGCAAUCAUGGAAAGUCAGAGAAUGGCAAAAUCAAAAUCCAGAAGAGUUGCAUGUUGUCCAGUCUCAAAUUGCAGCACAGCUCUCUAAAAAUAUCGCUGAGUAG